UUCACUCUGAACAGAUGUAACUUAGUGUCUCAUACUGGUGUCUACUAUUUCAAAACUACCAUUAAAUAAACUUAUUUUAUAGCCUACAUUAUUAAAUGUCGUAUAUACAUGUAUAUGAACGUGAAAAUCCCACAUCCUAUUUCAGUGAGCCCAUGUCAGGAUGAGAUGGUGAACCUAACCCAACUACCCCCAGUGAGCCCGUGUCAGGAUGAGAAGGUGAACCCAACCAAACUACCGCCAGUGAGCCCGUGUCAGGAUGAGAUGGUGAACCCAACCCAACUACCCCCAGUGAGCCCGUGUCAGGAUGAGAUGGUGAACCCAACCCAACUACCGCCAGUGAGCCCAUGUCAGGAUGAGAAGGUGAACCCAACCGAACUACCGCCAGUGAGCCCAUGCCAUAAUGAGUUGGAGGACUGUACGGAUAACAUACCGCGGGACCCAGCGGGAUGUGGAUUCCAGCCUGACCCACGCCCUGAGUUAGCACAGGAGAUGGUGAACCCGACCCAACUACCGCCAGUGAGCCCAUGCCAGGAUGAGGUGAACCCAACCCAGCUACCGCCAGUGAGUCCAUGCCAGGAUGAGAUGGUGAACCCAACCCAACUAUCGCCAGUGAGCCCAUGUCAGGAUGAGAUGCUGAACCCAACCCAACUACCGCCAGUGAGCCCAUGCCAGGAUGAGAAGGUGAACCCAACCCAACUACCGCCAGUGAGCCCAUGCCAGGAUGAGAUGUUGAACCCAACCCAACUACCGCCAGUGAGCCCAUGCCAGGAUGAGAUGUUGAACCCAACCCAACUACCGCCAGUGAGCCCAUGCCAGGAUGAGAAGGUGAACCCAACCCAACUACCGCCAGUGAGCCCAUGCCAGGAUGAGAAGGUGAACCCAACCCAACUACCGCCAGUGAGCCCAUGCCAGGAUGAGAUGGUGAACCCAACCCAACUACCCCCAGUGAGCCCGUGUCAGGAUGAGAUGUUGAACCCAACCCAACUACCGCCAGUGAGCCCAUGCCAGGAUGAGAAGGUGAACCCAACCCAACUACCGCCAGUGAGCCCAUGCCAGGAUGAGUUGGAGGACUGUACAGAUAACAUACCGCGGGACCCAGCGGGAUGUGGAUUCCAGCCUGACCCACGGUACAUUUUUAAAUUGCUAUUGAAUUUCCUUAUUAAAAGAAUAUGA